AUGGCAGAAAAGACAGCAACGCGCGAUUCGGCGGUGGAGAAUGGCGAUGGAUCCUUCUCCAGCACCACCAAGACCCGACAGACCAAAGGCCAAAAAGCCAAGGCGCAUUGCGGAAGAUUCUGGUGGAUCUAUCUCAUCGCCCUCGUCAUUGUGGUGCUCGUGGUCGUUUUGCCAAUAAUCUUCGUCGCCUACCCCAAACUCGCACGGGAGGGCGUCGCAAAUUCAGAAUUAGUUCCCACCCGCGAAGCCUUUCUCAACCCAGCUCCGGAUUCGUUUGACUUGGAAUUGGACACCAUUCUCCUCUCGGAUUCGAAAUUCCAUCCUACUUUGGAUCCCUUCAAUGGAUCUCUCUACUUGGACGGUAGCGAGUCGCCGUUUGCAUACAUCAAUGUCCCGGAAAUCAAAGCAAAGAACGGAACCGUGGCGCAUGUGGCGCAGAGAGUCCAGGUUGCCGAUCAGAUGCAGUUUCAAAACUACUGCAUCACAGCGCUGAGCAGUGAGACGUACACGUUGAGAUUGAAGGGCAAGGGAAGCUUGAAGCAGGGUUCCCUUCAAUCCGUCAGUGUCAACUACGACCAGCCUGUGGAGUCGAAAGGUCUCAACGGCUUCAAAGGCCUAGCAAUCACCUCCUUCUUCCUCCAAUCCUCAGGUCUCCCCGCAGGAUUCAACGCCAACGGCACAGUCCUCGUUCCCAACCCCUCCGUCUUGACCCUCGCAGUCGGCGACGCUUCCUUCAAAAUCUCCGUGGACGGCACAGCCAUUGCCAACGCCACCAUCCCGGAUCUAACUCUCACCCCUGGAAAUAACACCUACCCCAUCAACGUCCAGAGCGACAUCAUGGCCGUGACGGGAAUUUUGUCGGAUCCGAGAUUUCAGUGUGGAAUGCUACCCGUUGAUAUCAUUGGCGUGGAGAGUAUUUAUGAUGGAAAACUUUUGCCGUAUUUCACAGCUGCUUUGAAGCAGAAUUCCGUGAGGACCAUGCUCGAUAUCGUUCCCGCGCUGGAGAAGCAGGGUUUGGGAGAGUUGGUGCAGGGGAAGGAGUGUGUCGCCUCAUAG